GUGAUUGAACCAUGUAGUGCCGUCAAGUCAACUCGCGUACCAGACGAAAGUAGUUAGGCAAGGAGAUUAAAAAAGGGAAAAGGAUGGCAUCAGGUGGAAAUGAACGGUCGUCUAUUUCCCAUCACAAACAAGCGGGUGGGUACAAGCAGAAACUGUUCGAGAAAAGAAAACAUCUGAAGCAGCAUGUUGGUGACCAAAAACAAACAAAAACCGUGGAGCAUCUUUCGGAGACGGUCCUGAAUGGAUUUGAGGUGCUUUGGCGUCAGAACUUCCUCUGUGACCUGGCAGUUAUCACUAGGGAGAAAACGUUUCACGCUCACAAACUCGUACUUGUGUCGUGUUCAGACCACUUCUACGAUCACUUCGUUGAAAAGCGUGAUUUUACCCACGGGGACGAGUUGGUCAAUCUGGCCGACCUGGACUCAGCCAUAUUUGAGGCAAUUCUGGAAUGCAUGUACACUGGGAAAAUCAACCUUACAGAAGGUAACGUGGAGGAAAUAUUACGGGUCGCUACAAGUCUCGGAUUUUUCCUUAUACAGGAUGCAUGCGAGGAGUUCUUCAUGGACCACUUAGACCUUAAGAACUGUCUUCAAAUGCUUGAUACUGCAUUUAAGUAUAGUCUGAACAGACUGAGCGAUAAAGCCCUCGGACUCUCCGCCAAAAACUUUCGCUCAGUAACUAAGAGGCAGAAAUUCAAAGAUCUGCCAAUGGAACAAGUCGUAGCGCUUUACAAAAGAGAUGAUCUAGAUGCCGAUCAUGAACUUGAAGUUUUCAACAACAUGAUUGAUUGGAUAGAAGACGACAAACAGGCCAGACGUCCACACGCCUCUAACCUUCUGGCCACCAUACGUCUGCCAUUGUUGUCCCCAGCAACCAUCGUCGACUCGGUGGAAUCGGUGUCGUUCCUGAUGGACAUUCCGGACUGUCAGACGCUUGUAAAGGAGGCACUUCAUUACCACUGUAUGCCAUCAAGACAAAGCGUCCUUCAAUCUCCAAGAACGACCCCACGUAGAACAAUCAAGAACCUCAGCCUCCUUACGGUCGGCGGCGCCCCGAGGUUGAAGACAGAGCCAGUCAGCGGAGAGGUGAGACGAUACAACGUGGAGGGGAAGGCGUGGGACUCCUUAACGGAUCUCCCUGAACCACGUCACCACCACGCAGUUGCUGUACUUGGAGGGUUCCUGUACGUUGCUGGUGGGGAGAAAAUCUUCACCAACACCACCCCCACCGACACUGUGUUCCGGUUUGAUCCUCGACUCCAUACGUGGCUCCAGGUUGCUAGUAUGAAUCACAAGAGACAAAGCUUUCCUAUGACGUCACUUAAUGGCAUGUUGUAUGUCCUUGGUGGACGAGAAGACGAAUUCAAGGCGCUCUCUUCUGUUGAGAAGUAUAAUCCCCAACUCGAUGUAUGGGAGGAGGUACCCUCUCUUAGCAGCGCUCGCAGAUGUGUGUCAGCAGCUGUCCUCAACGGACGCCUGUAUACUGCUGGAGGCACUGGUGGUGGUUCAAACAUUUGUACCUUGGACGUAGUCGAAUGUUACAGCCCGACAAAUAAUAAAUGGCAGUCGAAAAAGCCUAUUCAGGAAGCCAGAUACUUCGCUCAUUUACUGCCCGUGAAGGGAUCGCUGUACCUGUUUGGUGGAGCUAGUGUCGGAAACAUGGGAAAGAUUUCAUGUGUCGAAUCCAUCGAAAAAUAUACUCCAACGAGUGACACCUGGGUUACAUUGACAAGCAUGAAAAAUCCCCGAUCUGAGUUUGGCUGUGCAUGCUUAGGGAGUAAAAUCUACGUUGUCGGUGGCCACAACUGGUCGACGAAGGAACGGCUAAGUAGUGUGGAUAGUUUUGACGUAGAUUCCCAGAUCUGGAGUGACGCUAAUACCGUCCCUAUCCUCGCACCUCUGACAGGUAUCGCAUGCUGUGCUCUGACUUUGUUUGAUGAUAUGCCUCUAGAGCCAAAGAAAAAAACUGAGGAUGUUAAACGUGACAAGGGAAAAGAAUGAAGCACACAAGUUUAAGUGAAAAUCAUGGUUUAACAUUUGUAUUAGGUCUCAUUAUCGUCUCAUAACCGGUCUAUGUCGACAUAGGUUAUUUCUUAAUCCGAUAUUACGCGUUUUUCCGGUUAGAUGUUCAGUGAUAUUUGAAAAAUAAGAACCAUCAAUAUAUGUCCAUGUCUUGAAUAAAACUUUUAU